GGGAAUGGUUGCAUCCAAGUUUCAUCUGUGUACAAAUCAUUUGCAACUAUCGACGCGUUUCGUUUACACAAUAGUACAAUGGUUACUACUGCUAAUGAGUAUUGCAAUAUCAUCAGUGCCUCUGAAUGUGAACAAAUCGUGAUAAAUUCACUAAGUCACCGAAACAUUUCCAUUCGCACCUAUAAGAUUAGAAAGAUUCCCGGACAUCUUGGAUUUCUUGGAGAAUACUUCCAAUUGGAGAUUGUGGUGGAGGAGGGCGAAACGCAAUGGAGUGAACAUUAUUUCCUCAAAUCGCUUCCCAUUGCUGACACAGCGCAACGAGCCAUGAUGGAAGGGCUUGGAUUUUUCCGGAAGGAGGUCCGGAUUUAUUCGGAUAUUCUGGUGAACUUAAACCAGCAAUACUGCAGGUGGCACCCGGCUUGCUACUACACUAGGGACGAUUUGAUCGUAAUGGAGGAUAUGACGCUGCGACACGGAUUUAGAAUGGUUCAUUUCAACAAUUCUUUAGAACAAGCACACAUUUACGUUGCACUGCAAGCGGUUGCACGGAUGCAUGCUGCAUCACUCAACUAUGAGGUGAAUCAUCUCAGUGGAAGAAGAUUGGAUGAUGUUCACAGUGAAGUGUUGUUUGAAACAACGGUUUCGCACCAAAAUUCUUGGUUUCUAGCGGGGUUAAGUGCAAUCAAGGCAGUCGCCUUGAAUGGGACUAGGUACUGCAAAGAUCCCGACAAGAAGAAAAUCAUAGAAGAACAGCUAGAUGCCAAGUUGGAUCGCGUCUUUGAAGUAGUCAAACCGACUGAUCAAUUUCAGAACGUUCUGGUACAUCGAGAUUUGUGGCACAACAACCUUAUGUUCCGGUUUGAGAAGGACCCCUUAACUGGUUCGAACAAUUUGGAUCGACCCAAUGCCUGCGUUCUGGUAGAUUUUCAAAUCUGUCGCUAUCUUCCACCGGUGGUCGAUUUCCUUCAGGUUCUUUUCCUCACCACCAGAAGAUCGCACCGAGAUCAGCAUUUUCAGCACUAUCUCGAGUUUUACCACAGCUCGUUGACAUCUGAACUUCGACGGUUCGAGCUUGAUGCGGAUCAUAUUCUCAACUGGAACCAACUGGAACGAAGUCUGCAUCAUUAUUUGAUUCUCGCACACAUCUUCAGUGGAAUAUACCUUCAGGUGACGAACCUACCGGAGCAUCUAUUGGAUGAGCUUCACCGGAAUGAUCCCGAGUUGUACAACCAGUACUGCAACGUCAACCGGGACGGAUUUGUACUGAAGUGCCUACAGGAGGACGAUUUCUACCGGGAAACUUUGACCGAGUGUGUUGAAGAGAUGCUGGAGUAUAUUUUUGGAUUCUGAUUUAAAUACAGUACUGGAAGAAAGUUUAUCAACUCGUGAUUUUUUCUUUCGCUUCAAAAAAGUGCAAUGGGC